AGCAGGGCACGACUCGCAUGUUAUAAUUCGUGAUGUCAAAUGUCCACCCUGCAUGUUGCAGGCAGUGAGCCAAACGAGAGCGAGAGCGAUUAGCUCUCAACUCAGUCGCCGAGUCGGCUUUCGCUCCUCCGAUCCUCGCCGCAUUUCUCUGACAAAUUCUCGCUCCCCCGGUUGUUGACAACCCGGAUUUUCCCCGGAAUUCCUCUCCGGAUAUCGCGAGGGUUUCGGCGAGGAAAGAGUGCUGGGAGAGUGUCUGCGGGCCCAACCGGCAAGGAUUCUGGUACCGAGCUCAUUGACGUAUCUCGAACUCGCGCCUUCUCUGUAAGCGCACCGUGCCUCUGGCUCUGGGUCUGGACCAAGCUCGUGGGUUUCUUUCCAUCGGAGGAGUCAUUGCAGAUUGUUUGGACUUGCAUAAAGCUGAACUUGUGAAGGUGGAUAUGACAGCUUUAGACUAGACAUUGCAGUGGCUUCGAGCAUGAUGCGUCCUGGAAUGUUUGAGAAAGUCCAGCUUCAGAAGCCCAAAUCACUUCUUGAAAGACAAGAAUCUGGAGAAGAGAGAAGCUGGAAUGCUUUAAGUACUGGUCAAAGUGGAACCAGCGUGUUGGAUCAGGUGCAGUCUACUCUGGAUGAUACAGGCCUUUCUCAAAUGUCCACCAUCUGUUCAGCGCCACUCUGCCGGCAGUUUUGGAAAUCUGGGAGCUACGACAAUGGGCAUAGUGCCAAAAUCUCAGUUCAAAAUGGAACCAAUUAUCUCCAUGUCCACCCUAUGUUCCUUCAUUCAAAUGCCACUUCACAUAAGUGGGCCUUUGGUGCUGUAGCCGAGUUGCUUGACAAUGCAGUUGAUGAGAUCCAAAAUGGGGCCACAUUUGUUGUCGUGGACAAAACCACAAAUCCAAGGGAUGGAAGCCCAGCAUUACUAAUACAAGAUGAUGGUGGUGGAAUGGACCCUGAAGCACUGAGGCGGUGUAUGAGUUUUGGAUUUUCAGAUAAAAAAGAGAAAUCAGCUAUCGGACAAUACGGAAAUGGCUUCAAAACCAGCACCAUGAGACUUGGUGCAGACGUCGUUGUCUUCAGCUGCCACAUGGACGAUGGGGUUUUGACUCAGAGCAUUGGCCUUUUGUCAUACACGUUCUUGAUGCAAACAGGGCAUGACAGGAUUGUGGUUCCAAUGGUUGACUAUAAAUUUAAUGUGAGCACUCGGACUCUGGAGAUGUCUUGUCGCUAUGAUAGAGAACAUUUCAUGGCGAAUCUCUCCUUGCUGUUGCAGUGGUCUCCAUACUCAAAUGAAGCGGAUCUUGUCCAGCAAUUUGAUGACAUCGGAUCCCAUGGUACCAAAAUUAUCAUUUAUAAUUUGUGGUUUGAUGAUGAUGGGAAAAUGGAGUUAGACUUUGAUGCCGAUCCACAGGACAUCCGUAUUAGUGGAGAUAUUAGAAAAGUCGAAACAAUUCCUGCCUGGAAAUCAGUGAACGAGCAGCAUAUUGCUAAUCGACUCCACUAUUCUCUUCGUGUAUACUUGUCCAUUUUGUACUUGCAAAUACCUGAAAGUUUUAAAAUAGUGCUCCGUGGUCAGAAUGUGGAGCGUCAUAAUAUUGCAGAUGAUCUCAAGUAUAUCGAAUAUAUAUUAUACAGACCUCAAACCGCUGGAUUUGUGGAGGGUGAGGUUGUAACUACCAUAGGGUUUUUAAAGGAAGCUCCACAUGUGAACAUCCACGGGUUUAAUGUGUAUUACAAGAAUCGACUGAUACUGCCAUUUUGGAGGGUCGUGAACUAUACAUCAAAUCUCAGGGGUAGAGGUGUUGUUGGUGUUCUGGAAGCAAAUUUUAUUGAACCGACUCAUAACAAGCAAGAUUUUGAGAAGACUUCCCUUUUUCAGAAGCUGGAAGUUCGGUUGAAAGAAAUGACAUGGGAAUAUUGGGACUUUCAUUGUGGACUAAUUGGGUAUCAGGCUAAGAAGAAGGUCCGAGCAUCAGUAUGCACAAAGAAUUCAUCACAUUUUGUUCCUCAUGUUGGUCUUGACAAGCCCGUUCUAUCGGGACAGAGUUUACCUUCUUCGACAUCUGAAGCAUUUGGUGAGGCAUUCAGAGAUAAGUCUAAGCAAGGGUCUGGUAUGAAGCGCAAGGCAGUCAAGCUAACAGAAACUGAAAGGGCAAAUAUGCAGACAACAGGGGAGGGCGGCAUUGACGACAAUUGGGAGAUCGAAGAGAUACAGCCUAUCAAUAUCCUUGACGAUCAGUUAAAAGAUGAGGAGGCUGCAAAGAUGGUACAAGAACACAAGAAGCUGCUUGCAAAAUGCAUGGAAUAUGAGAAGAGCGAGAAGGAGCUUAAUGACAAGUUGGCUCGGCUCACAAGUGAACUAGGAGAAGCUCAGCUCGAGUAUUCGCAACUCUUGGCGGAAGCUCUAUCUAUGGGCCCACCAAUCAAGAACGAAAGCAAUGUAAAUAUGUUGUCUCAGUUGAAAGCUCUUAGGCAUAUUUGAUUGAAUUUUUGGUUGUACUUGUAGGUCAAUCAAGCUGUCCAGAAUUCUCGAGUGCCACGGGUCUGAUUGCGGAGAGAGAAACCUCAGCACCCUUGCAGAUCUCUUGGGGGACACAUCAUCGGUUUUCUAUCGGAUUCUUGGCCAAAUGUGACCGAGAAUGGCCGAGAAGAUCAUACUCUUGAAGAAGUACAGAUAACAAUAGCCAACACUUGAAUGAUAAGGAAAGCAUGCUUCGACUACCCUGGAUUUGCCAAAGCGUUCUGCGAGUCUACACCGUGACGAGAUGUAGCAGGUAGAUUCAAAAUCUAGAAAAAAAAUUGUCUAUAGCUAGAUACUCGUUACUUUUAGACUGCGUAUGGUGGUCUUGACUUUUUUAUAGGAUAGGAUAAGGCGGAUGGCUUAUGUACGUCCUUUCUUAAUCUUGUACAGUGUUUGGUACAUGUUUGGGUAUAACAUCGUCAUAGACAUGGUUCCAUUUUGCCUAAA